AUGAAGAUCUUCUGCUUUCUGUGGCUGAUGCUCUGCCUACAAAUCUUCCAGGUCAAUCCAGUUGCUGGUAAAGACACACAUGAAUGUGCCAAGAGACAAGGAAUCUGUGAAGCCAAAAGAUGCAAAUUUUUUUAUAUUCAAGUUGGCACCUGUUUUCAAAGAAAAUCCAAGUGCUGUAUAAAAAGAUGGAGUAGAAACACCAAAACGAAGAAGGUGUAA